AUGGCAGCGGUCGCCCCUCCCCGUGGCCUCGCGCCAAACGCAUCACUACCCGCCAAAGUUGCAACUGUUGCUCCGAACCAGACGCUAUAUGUCACAAAUCUCCCGUCGAACAAGAUACAAAAAGCUGACUUGCGAACCGAACUUUACUUGCUGUUCUCCACAUACGGCCCCGUUCUCGACAUCGUCGCCAUGAAGACCAUGAAGAUGCGAGGGCAAGCCCACAUCACCUUCCGCGAUAUCCAGACAGCGACCCAGGCCAUGCGCUCCCUUGAAGGCUUUGAGUUCCUCGGUCGGCCUCUGAACGUCCAGUACGCAAAGUCCAAGUCCGACUUCGUCGCCAAAUUAGACGGCACAUACAAGAUGCCAAAUUCGACAGCAGGAGCUUCCAGCACCGAAGUGACGGAUCUUCAGAAGAGCAUCUUCAACGCUCCCGCACCUGGUGCCGCAUCAGCAGCGGCCACGGGGGCCACCACGACGAAGCCGGCAGCCGGUGAUGAUCAAACCAUGGCUGACGCGCAGACGGCUGAUGCAAGAGGCCAGAAGCGGACCAGAGACGAGGAAGAAGACGAGGACAGCGAUGUUGCCAUGGAAGAGGACAGCGACGACGAUUGA